AGCGUGGUCGCGGCACACUCAGAUUCAGUUCACGGUUGACAGUUGGCGCUUGAAGUCGGCGAGGGGACUCUACGCGAAUCAAUCCGAGGCGGCGGCGGCGUAGCGAUUCAAACGGCACAGCUACCCCUGAGUUAACCCGAGAGUUUCGUGUGAGUCGGCAGCCGGUGAGCAGCGCAGCAGAAUCCUGGGAUUCACGGCGAACGACAGCAAAAUGGUCAACGAAUACACGGGACCUCCUCCGCAGGAGAUGGAAACAUUCCUGCCUCGAGAUGGCAAGAACGGCACUACUGUGUACAAGUUCACACCAGCCAAACCGGAUGUCGAGGCUAACGCACCGUUCGAUCCGUUCAAGGAGAGGAAACUGGAGCAUCCAACCACCGAUGGCGAAACGUUAACCCAUUUGCUGAAGGCCUCCCUCGGCACGGGUAUCCUGGCGAUGCCGGUUGCCUUCAGUUACGCCGGAUUGGCCGGAGGCAUCAUCGCCACCGUGUUUACGGCUUUCAUCUGCACGCACUGCGCGUACGUGCUGGUCAAGUGUGGUCACACACUGUACCGUCGAACGCACCGGACCGCUAUGAGCUUUUCGGAGAUAGCCGAGGUGGCGUUCGAGAAUGGACCGGCCUGGGGUCGCCGGUGGGGCAUGUUUACGUCCUACUGCAUCCGCUACGGUCUAUUCAUAACGUACUUUGGAACGUGUGCAGUCUACACCGUCAUCAUUGCCACCAACUUCCAGCAGGUGAUUGAGCACUACGGCUACCCGGUGAACCUACGUGCCAUGAUUGCGCUCCUGCUCGUGCCGCUCAUCCUGCUGUCGUGGGUACCGAACUUAAAGUAUCUGGCACCGGUUUCGAUGGUAGCCAACGUGUUUAUGGGCGUUGGUUUGGGCAUCACGUUCUACUAUCUCGUCACGGAUAUGCCGUCCAUUGACGAGCGGCCACUGUUCCUUCCCGUCGUACAAUGGCCCGCCUUCUUCGCCAUCGUCAUCUUCGCGAUGGAAGCCAUCGGAGUGGUGAUGCCAUUGGAGAAUCAGAUGAAAACGCCUCAGAAUUUUAUCGGAAUCUGCGGAGUGCUUAACCAGGGCAUGGCCGGUGUAACGCUCAUCUACAUUUUGCUCGGAUUUCUCGGUUACGUCAAGUAUGGCGAUGCGGCCCUCGGUAGCAUCACGCUGAAUCUUCCAACGGAGGAGAUUCCCGCCCAAGCCGUCAAGAUCCUGAUCGCCCUUGCCGUGUACUGUACCUUUGGACUGCAGUUCUACGUGUGCCUCGAUAUUGGUUGGGUCGCCAUCAAGGAUCGUUUCACCAAGCGACCGCGGCUGGUGGAGUACGUCAUGCGUACGCUGCUUGUGACCGCCGCCGUACUGCUUGCCGUCGCCGUGCCAACCAUUGGCCCGUUCAUCGGCUUGAUCGGUGCGUUCUGCUUUUCCAUCCUCGGUCUGCUCAUACCAAUCGUCAUCGAGAUGGUCACGUACUGGGAGGAAGGCUUUGGACCGGGCAACUGGAUUGUGUGGAAAAACGUGGUGGUCGCACUGUUCGGAAUCACUGCACUAGUCUUCGGCUCCAAGAGCUCAAUUCAAGAUAUUUUGGCUCUAUACUCCUAAAACGUUGAAAUAAUAUGAAGACUAGAUUUUUCAAAUUUUGCUUUCAAUAACAAUUACCCGAGUAUGGCUACUGUUUCAGCACAGCUUGCGAGUAGCUUUUGGUCUACUAUAUGAUGCAACCCCCGGCUUAAUCGAAAACCUACUACGACGGAAAAGAAACUUGAAACAUGCGUAAACGCGAGUCGUUAGAAUCGGAAGAGUCUUGUGAUGCUUGUAAACCUAUACAUAGAGAAGAGAACCAUGCGGAACUUAAGCCGAGCAACCAUCGACACAAGUGCCUCCUACGAAACAGCAACGACUGAGAACGUUACCGUUUUUUUGUUCAUUUCGAUCAUUUUCAAUCCACGUAGUAUGGCAGGCUACUGCAACAUCAUUUCCUUUCCGUAUUACGAAAUGUAGCAAGCGUAGCAUUAUAAUGGAUACUUUGACACAGAGAGACAGAAGAAUUUAACUUCGCCGAGAAACAAAGCAUAUCGCCGGGAAGAGAACUAUGCAAAUGAUCAAAUCAUCGCUAGGUUAUGCAAAUCUUUACUACUGUUGGUUCGUGUUUACUAUGUUGCACGCGUGUUUUGUUUUUGUCCAACAAAUUACUAUAUCUCCCUGGUCCAAUGAUACUGCGGCGAAGGCAAUUUUUGCAACUUCUUUUCAUAAAAGAAGCAUAUUUCCCGCCAUUUGCCCUUUUCUAUGCCUUUGUGUGAGUUUCCUUAUUUGCUGUUUCAAUUGAAAGCAGCGCAAAAAAAAACAAAAACAGAACAGUUUGCUUUGGGCACUAGAAGCAAAGAUUUCAGUUCGAACCUUAGCGGCAAUUGUACAAAAGAC